UGCCGGUAGUAUAAUUCGUUGCACCGGUUCUCUGAAGCGGCCGGAAGUGGCUUCUUGUUGCCACGUCGGAAUAGUAGUUGAAGCAGGUUUAUUCAUUCACAAGAUAAUAACAAGUAUUAUUGUUUGGUUUUGUGCUCUAGCCGCAAUCAUGGUGUCUGUCAUCAACACGGUAGACACCUCUCACGAAGAUAUGAUCCAUGAUGCCCAGAUGGAUUACUACGGGACUCGACUCGCCACCUGCUCCUCCGAUCGCACCGUGAAGAUCUUCGACGUGAGGAACGGAGGUCAGAUCCUGGUGGCCGACCUCAGAGGCCACGAGGGCCCUGUGUGGCAGGUGGCGUGGGCUCACCCCAUGUAUGGCAACGUUCUGGCCUCCUGCUCCUACGACCGCAAAGUGAUUGUGUGGAAGGAGGAGAACGGGUCCUGGGACAAGAUGUACGAGUACUGUGGCCACGAGUCGUCAGUGAACUCGGUCUGCUGGGGUCCUUACGACUUCGGCCUCCUGCUGGCCUGCGGCAGCUCGGAUGGAGCCAUCUCCCUCCUCACGUUUACCGGGGAUCAGCAGUGGGACGUGAAGAAGAUCAGCAAUGCGCACACCAUUGGCUGCAACGCGGUGAGCUGGGCCCCCGCCGUGGUGCCCGGGAGCCUCAUCGACCAGCCGACGGGUCAGAAGCCAAACUGUGUGAAGCGCUUCGUGUCCGGAGGCUGCGACAACCUGGUGAAGCUCUGGAAAGAGGAGGACGGCCAGUGGAAGGAGGACCAGAAGCUGGAGGCUCACAGCGAUUGGGUGAGAGACGUUGGCUGGGCUCCCUCUAUUGGUCUGCCCACCAGCACCAUCGCCAGCUGCUCUCAGGACGGCCGUGUCUUCAUCUGGACGUGUGACGACCCGGCGGGGAACACGUGGACGGCCAAGCUGCUGCACAAGUUCAACGACGUGGUGUGGCACGUCAGCUGGUCCAUCACGGGUAACAUCCUGGCUGUGUCCGGGGGGGACAACAAGGUGAUGCUGUGGAAGGAGUCGAUGGAUGGCCAGUGGGCGUGUAUCAGUGACGUCAGCAAGGGGCAGGGCGCCGUGUCGGCCAUCACGGACUCGCAGCAGAACGAGCAGUGACCUUUAGGAGAUGAGGUCAUUGUUGGUAUGAAGAUGACAUCGCAAGUUCUGUACAGAUCAUCACGUUUUCUGGAGGAAAGAAACUGUCAGACGUGACAACGAUAAUCAACACAAACUUUGUUCCAGUCGGACGAGUCUCCCUGUGAGCGUCAUCUCCCAUGAUGCAUUGCUCCUGACACAUUCCAAACCAAUCAGGGUCAAGUCCUCAACUCCACAGUAAAUAAAAUAAGUAAUAAAUGAUUGAGUAAACUAUUGAUUCACACUCUUUUCCCCACAGAACCUGCCUUCAUGAUAUUAAUAAACGUUAAUGAGGAGCCAUUGAUGUGUUUCUCUUAUUUUAUGUAAUUAAAUAAAUAUGAUGUUUAAACUAAA